AUGGCGCAGGCACAACCGCUGCAGGGCGUAUCGAUACCGCGCUACGAGACACGCACGAGCACCGCCUCGUCGUACACGGUCUACGCCGUGGUGGUGCAGCUGCCCGUUCGCUCCUGGACCGUGUACCGGCGCUACUCGGAGUUCGUGCGGCUCGACAAGAAUCUCGCUGCCAGCGCCUCUUCGUCCGGCGAGCCGGGUGGCGCAGGCAAACCGGCACCCCGUCCAUUGCCACCGCGAGAACGCGCGCGAGAGUGGAAGAAGACGUUUUCGGGUUUCCUGUCGUUUGCCUCGGUCGAUGCGGUGCAAGACGACGAGAUGUGGCUCAAGCAGCGCAUGCACGAUCUCGAGCUGUAUCUCAAGGAUAUUGUCAUGGAUGCGGAUGCAAGCUGGCGUGAGUCCGACGCGUUCAAGUCGUUCAUCGAGUGGCCGGUGAACGUCAAGAUGGUCACCUCUUCCACCUCGCCCCGCAAACCCACCCCUACCACAAACUCGGCGCCGCGUACAGCGUCCAUGCCGGGGGCUCUUGCGGGUACACGUACACUUGGCCAAGCAGCGGCGGAUGCACCGCGUCCACCUGCGCGGGAGACAGACACCACACGGCCGCUCAACAAUACACAGCUGUUCCAGUCGCAAACCGACGCCAUGGACCAGCAGGACGAGCAGCUGCUCAACCUCGCCGCCAUCCUGCGUCGACAGCGCCAAAUGGGCGAGGCGAUCAAUCAGGAACUCGGCGAACAGACCGAGCUGCUGGGCCAGUUGGAUACCGAGGUGGAGUCGACACAGACGAAACUCAGCAAGGCGGACGCAAAGAUGGAUCGAUUCGAUGGAGGUGCUGCCAAACGCAAGGCGGGCAUCGGGCGCAAGUUCUAG